AUGCCUGACGCGACAUGUUCAGACGCCGAUGGCCAAGAGAUCAACGGAUCCGACUUUGAGGAUCCAAGCUCGCAAGGAACCGCCGAGGUCCUGACCCCAGUCCAACCGCCUGAACCAUGGCAGCAAGAGUCUCGUGGCGGUUACCAGUCGCGAGGGAUUCGGGGAUUUCGGAGGGGAGGACGUGGCAGAUGGCGAGGAAAUCAUGGCAUGAGACACAGCCCCGCACCCAGAGACACCAGACGACCCUUUAACCACAACAAUGAUGACGCACCCCGACGUACACGAGCUCGGUCCCAACAUCCUCCGCGACUCAGUCCAGCACCCAGAGACCCAAGGCAGCUGUCUGGUGCAGCUAGGCGUUCUUCGCUUGCCCCUUCGUUUCCAACCCAGCACCUACCUGCUGUUGUCCCACAACCGAGCCUGCUUACGUUGCCAGAGAAUUGGCAUUCUCAGAAGAGUGCCACCAUCCUAUUGUACGGCGUUCCUGAGAAGGCGAGCGCGUGGGAAGUCCGCCAGUUCUUUGAGAACUAUGGCAGAGUGGUUCAUGUGGAGCUCGAGGACCCUGACUCUGCGCGAAAGGCUCGUCGGUUCGCUAAAGUGAAGUUUGAGCCACCGCCGACGGACACAAGCUUUAUUCGAGAUGGAGAGUGUCGUAUUGUCAUCAACAAUUACGCUUCCUGGGCUCGCAUUGAGAUCCCACGUCAGUCCUCCAAUGCCCGCAUGAUUACCACACCUGUAGGGGGCACUUGUGCUCCGUCACUAACAGUCAGAUUGGUCAAGUUGACUUUCGGCCUGUUAAUACAGCCAACGACCUUUAUGCGAAAGAAAGAAUUUGCCAAUGUCGGACAGGAUGCCCACCACUCCCUCCAGCUGACGGCGGACUUCCGACGGAAGAGAGUUAUGAUCAAUUUUUCUGUGAACGUCGACCACUUCCAUGCAGGCCAGUAUCGCUUGGAGAUGAGGUUCGAAAUAAUCAAGAGAAUUCACCGUUUUUCACAAGACGGCCGCGUGCGUUUGGUGAUUGUCUGUGCUGAUGCUCCCCUCGUCCGACAACGCCGAGACGACCAAAAUGGGCGGCUUUUGGCUGAUCGGUUGGUUUGGGGAGAAAAUGAGCUGUGGUAUCGCGUCACAGAUAUCGAAACCAGUAGCAGCCUUGACCACAUGAGAACCCCCCUGAGCUUGGACGAAGGAGAGUAUAAAUUCGUUGACCUUGGCAGAUGGACAACAUACAUGCUCGACAUUGAUGAUUGUGAAGCUUGGCUUGAGAUAGAAACAUUGCUACGGGACUGGAACAUCAAGACAGACCUUGACACCACGUUUGACCAAGUUUCCGGAAAGAGGUCAAUGUUAUGGGAUGUGCUUGCAGAUAUGACUCUCGAAGCGCCUGCAGCCUCAUCCAAUUCUCUAUGUUUUUCAGAUCUUGUCCUUCUCGGUUUUCCAACCAACACCUCACUCCCAUUUGAUAUCCGUUACCAACUCGAGGUCUGCCUUUCGCGCGGUGUACUCUGUGAGUACAACAUCACACAGGAGUUCCUCGAUAAACUCUUGGAAUUAUCUAAGCCCGAUGGAAUGGAGGUCAGCCGGGCACGCUUGAUCCUUGAGUAUGCCGCUGACCAAGGGAAGCGCAUCUGGGACCCAAUGAGCCUCUUCAGCGACCAAGCUGCUCUCUCGUACUGCCCGACAACGCUCCAUAUACCCAGUCAUUGUGCCCUCGUCCGCAAGGUAACUAUCACACCGACAAGAAUUUACUUCAGCACUCCCACGGUGGAGACCACGAACCGUGUAGUCCGCCAUUACGGCCGGUUCCGAGACUAUUUUAUUCGAGUUCAGUUCACGGACGAAGUGAUGGAAGGUCGCAUAAGAUCUUCUUAUACGGAUCGAGAAGACAAUGUUUACGCUCGAGUUUUCCGUGUCCUCAGACACGGAAUCCGAAUGGGGAAAUGGCAUUGGAAGUUUCUUGCUUAUGGAAACUCGCAAAUUCGUGAAUGCGGUUCCUUCUUUUUCUGUGAGCCGGAGGAGGCUCAUGGCACAAUAACAUGCGACUCUAUCCGGGAAUGGAUGGGACGGUUCAGUCACAUCAAAUCAAUUGCGAAGUUGGCUGCUCGGUUGGGUCAAUGCUUCUCAACCACCCGCCCGCUUCCCGGCAUUACAGCGCCAACUAUCAUCAAGACUCAAGAUGUGGAGAGGAAUGGAUACUGCUUUACAGAUGGUGUUGGGAAGAUCUCCCCAUUACUCGCUUUUUUCAUCGCGGAGGACUGGAAGGUGUAUCCUACUCCCUCGGCUUUUCAGUUCCGCAUGGGCGGCUGCAAGGGCGUGCUCGUCACCUGGCCCGACGCAAAAGGGACAGAGGUCCAUAUCCGCCCCUCACAAGAAAAAUUCUCGGCAGAAUUCAACGGGCUGGAGAUCAUCCGGUGCUCGCAUUUCUCCUGUGCUACCUUGAACCGGCAGACCAUCACCAUCCUCUCGUGCUUGGGCGUUCCCAGCUAUGUCUUCCUCGACAUGAUGGAAGAGCAACUUGCCAACUACGAUGCGGCAAUGGAGGAUCCAGAUAAGGCGAUUGAUCUCCUGACUACCUAUGUGGAUGAAAACAUGACCACUCUUACAAUGUCGGAGAUGGUGCUCGAUGGCUUUAUGGAGACACGAGAGCCCUUUGUCCGUUCUCUCCUUCAGCUCUGGCGCGCCUGGUCGAUCAAAGCGCUCAAGGAAAAGGCACGACUUGUUGUCAAAAAGGGUGCCUUCGUUCUCGGAUGUGUCGAUGAAACGGGCACACUACGGGGUCACUCUCGCGCGACUGAAGGGACCAAGAAUCAACCGAAAGAAGUCAGACGGGAUCAAUUACCACAGAUCUUCCUUCAGGUCCCUGACCAUGAGAAUGGUGGGACAUAUAAAGUUAUCACGGGUCUAUGCCUUGUUGGCCGCAACCCUUCACUCCAUCCGGGCGAUAUUAGAAUGGUUGAAGCCGUUGAUGUCCCCCAACUUCGCCAUCUCCGCGAUGUCGUGGUCUUUCCGCUGCAAGGAGACCGCGAUGUUCCAAGCAUGUGCUCAGGAGGUGACUUAGAUGGCGAUGAUUAUUUUGUUAUCUGGGAUGAGAAACUUUUUCCGAAAGAAUGGAGUUACCCUCCCAUGAACUAUGAAGCACCGAAGGCACCGGAAGAGAAGGAAGUAAUGGUUGCGAACAACCUUGCUGAGUUCUUCGUGUUGUUCAUGAAGAAUGACAGACUUCCUUUAAUUGCACAUGCCCAUCUAGCAACGGCGGAUAAGCACCCAGAAGGCGCUAAGACUGAGAAAUGUUUGGAGCUCGCCCAGCUUCACUCAACUGCGGUUGAUUAUGUUAAAACGGGUGUCGCUGCCAAGUGGGAAAAGAGAUUGGAUCCUCGAACAUAUCCGCACUUCAUGGAGAAGUCACGGGCGAGGACUUACUAUUCGAAAAGCGUACUUGGUCAACUCUACGAUAUGGUCGAGAGACAAGUCUUUGACAUUCAAGAAAACUACAAACUACCCUUUGACGAGCGCAUUAUCAAGCGCUAUGAACUCAACGAUGACCUCCUUCGUCAAGCUCGAAAACUCAAGUCUCAGUAUGAUAUUGCCAUGCGCCGGAUCAUGGGCCAGCUCGAGAUUCGCACUGAGUUCGAAGUUUGGACAGCAUUUGUUAUGUCGAAGCCGCGGGUUGGGACGGACUACAAAGUCCAAGAAAAGGUUGGUCGUGAGGCAGCAUGCCUGAAAAAGCAGUUUAGAGAUCUAUGCUUGAAGGCCGCUGGUGCUUCUGACCGCGGGGAUUUUGAAAAACUGGGCCCUUUUGUCGCGGCGAUGUAUAGAGUGACAUGCGAGGAGAUUCGGAUCGCUUUAUACGAAGCGCGGCAGCCACACAGACGGCCCGAUGGCACGAUGGGCUUACGGAAGAUCACCGCGAGAUCUAUGCCGUUGAUCAGUUUCCCUUGGCUAUUCCCCGCUGAGCUGGGGAGGAUUGCGACGGGGAUUGAGAGGAAGGGCACCGAAAAGGUGGCCAGGCUCAGGAUUUCUGUCCUCAAUAAGCCUACGUACGCGAAGGGAAUUUGCAUCCCAGUGGACCUAAAAACAGAAGCAGACUUCGCAGCGAUGGAUUACACUCGGACAAGCGACGGCAGGUUUAUUCAUCGUGGCGAAAUCCUCAACUUGUUCCAUCACGACGAUGAGAAAGCAAACGAUGAGUACUACUGCAACGAGGGGGUGGAUUUCUCUGAUUCUGGAGACGAUUCUGAAGAGGCGAGCCAAUCCGGCGACGAGGGUAGAGAUGGUUCCGAGCUGAAAACGAACAUUGGCCGUAUAUCUCCAGAGUCUGCCGAGGCUGCAGGGAAUGUCGCUGAGGGCAGACCUCCUGACUUCUCUCAGCAGCAGAGCAGUGCCCCCAGCGCCACAGUCCUUGACCUUUUAGUUGAGGACCUGAAGGAUGCGACUUCUUUUCUUCCUCCUCCUUUAGUGCCUCUGCCGGUCGCCGCUUUUCCAGAGCAGCAACAGCAAGAAGAUGAAGAGCAGCAGCAGCAGCAGCCCGAAGAAUUAGAGUCGCCACAACGGCAAAAACACCAGGUACUGCGUGCAGGCCCAGAGGAGUUAGAUCCACCAGCGUCGAAAGAGCACCCCGACAUCACUGAAGAAGUUGAUCUCAGCACUCUCGCAGCGGAUGUGGUUGCCGAAGAUACAUCUGGACUCUCUAAUAGUUCAUGCUCAAUCUUGAUGGCUGAGCCUAACGGUUCUUAUGUUGACGAGAACAAGCUGGAUGUUGAAUAUGCACGAGACAACAACGAGCUUUCCGCCGAUUCGGACGGGUCGGAGGUUGAAUAUGAAAACAUUGUUCUGGAUAUAGAGGAGGAAUCUGUACUCGAGCGGCUGGCUAGAUUCUGCUGA